AUGGACCAGGAACACACCGGCCACCGUGACCGCCGACCCCGUUUCGAGCUGUGGAGGCGGCAGCAGCAGCAACAAGAUACAGCACAGCAGUCGCAGGGUUCCGGGAUUGGGAUUAGACGCCAGGAGCUGCGGAUAUCAGCUAUCGGUCCACCGCGCAGCCUGCAAACACCAGCACCACCGGCCACUGCAACUCCACCUCCUCCACCUCCUCCACCUCCUCCACCUCCUCCACCUCCACCUCCUCCUCCUCCUCCUCCUCCUCCUCCUCCUCCUCAAGCUCCUCAAGCUCCUGCAGACCUCAACAGUGCCAGUGGGAGCUCCAUGCAGAGGCCCCCCUUCACAGCUCCCACCUCUACCUCACACCCGUCUUUCCGGUCCCAGUCCCCCGGACGCCCCACGCCCACGCCCACGCCCACGCCCCAUGAAGCACCCCCGCCAGCACCAACGCAGACCCCUGGAGCCCCCCGCAACCCCGCAACAGCAACAACAACAACAACAACAACAACCGCACAACCCCCGCCAGAGACGCUGCAGCCCACGCCCUUCCCGCACUGCCAGAUCUCUCUCGGCAUCGACACGUCCGGCUCCACGUCCGGCCGCGUCAUCGCCUCGGAGCGCGAGUUCGUCACAAAGAUCGUUCUGCAGCUCGUGCAGGGCAACGUCCAGCAGAACGUGCACGUCCUGCCCUGGUCAACCACCGCGCUGCGGCCCUGCCUCAUUGCGGAUCUACACCGGCUGCGGUCGGGCGGCGGUACGGACCCCGCCGUCCUGCUGCGGUCGGAGCAGCACCUGGCGGCCCUGAAGAGGAGCAAUGUGUGGUUCCUGCUCACGGACGGGCAGGUUAGUAACAAUGGUGUCAGCCAGCUGGCGACGACGCUGACGGCGAAGAGAAUGCACGGCGUGCCGUGUGUGAUUGUGAUCUUUGGGACGGGCGUGAGUGCGCCGGCGAGGUGUGAUAUCUCGGUGGGCAUCUCCCCGUUUGCGGCGGUGCCGAACUCGGCGCUGUUGUAUCAGAACAUCACGAGUAGGACGUGCUAUGUGCUGGCGACGAAGGGCUGCUUCAAUAAGCUGCUGCCGGACGGGGCGUCGCAGCCCGUGCUGGACGAUGCCACGCGGUGGGCGGAUCUGCCGACGAUCCGGCCCGACACGGCGUUCGAGAACAUUGUCGUCCCGGCGGCGCGGGAGCUUGCGCCGGGCGAGCUCGCGCUGAGUAACGAUCUGACGAUCGACUUCAACAAUCUGUUUUCCUCGGACCUGGACGACGGCCAGGUUAAUAGCUUGCUAGGGAACGAGGAUCAUCUCCAGGCGAUCCUGCUUUCUUCGCACUCGCGCGGGCAGUUCUCGGAUACGCUUACGUGGCUGGAGCGACAGAGUUCGGUCUCUGCUACGGAUGCGACGAGGGAUGAUGCGGCGCGGUCGACUAUUCGUGAUAUCUCUACGGCGAUUGCGAACCGGCGGUCUUCCGGGCCGGAGUUUGAGAGGUUGGCUCAGGAGCUUAGAGAGACGCAUAGGACAAACGCCAUGCACCGCCAUUCCCGCUCUCGAGUAAUCGACAAUGCCAUCAGCUCCCUCUACGAAACCUCCAGCCGCGGCUUCCAACACCAGCCCAUCACCAGCAAACGCCCAGUCUCCGUCGCCCUCAAACCGCCGCCGCCCCCCGUGUCCAAAUCCUUCAAAGGCGACUGCGGCAUCUGCUACGAGAGCGACAUAAUCCUCACCGUCCUGCUCAAGCGGCCCCACGCCUACAACGCCGCCACCGCGCGGCGCAACGUCCGCCUCGUGUUCCCACUCUCGGCCGGCGGCGCCCCAGAGAACGACAUCAUCUCCACCUUCCUCGUCUGCGAGAACUGCGCCGUGUAUCUCGUCGAAGCCGGCGAGACGCCGUUCCGCGAGCGGGCGACCUCCGCACUGCCGCUCGUCUCGUGGACGGAGCGGUCCUCGCAGUGGCGCGCAACGCUGCUGAAGGCGCUCGACGGCUUCACGCCGGACUCGGUCAGCGUGCUGCCGCUGCUCGGCAUCGGGCGCUGA